UGACACCACACGGGGCCACUGGUUCAGCAUGGUGCGCCGCUGUGUGUAAGUACUGCUGUCCUUGUUCGUUGAUGUGUCUUCUCUUGCGUAUGAGUCUGAUGCGGUCUGAUCUGAUUCGGAUGCGCUGCAAGUGCUAGCAAUACAAUGGCAACGCCUUGCGUUGUAGAGAGGGCCUACGAUGUUGCUACUCGUCUGGUCUCAGGCUGGGCUUGACUUCGAUCCCGUUCCUUUAGUGUAUUGUAUAAAUAUAGAAGAGCACCUGUUUAAAUGCUGGAGGUAG